AAACCAAUAUCUAAUGGCAUAUUGUAAUUAAAUACCAAGAAAAUUAUAAAUAUGCCAUUAAGAUAUAUGAUUGAAUUCGAACUUAGACCAAUCUCAGGCAUGAGAUUGUGUGUUACACGGAUACUAAUGAGCUCAGUUCCUUAAAGUUGUCGUUUCUCCAUGAAUCUCAUUUUGUGCACACUGAAUUACACACUUCUUAAUAAACUUCUCACACUGGUAAACCAAAAUUAUUGAUGUGUUCAUUUAUUUUACAUUCUAAUUAAUAUCUUGUGACUUUGAAAAAUGUGGCAGUAUCAUGAGACAUCAUAAUUUCACGGGGUAGUGACUGAAUGUCAGAAACAGCCAAUUUAGAAAACGAUAGGACCAACCAAUUCACAUUCAUAUGUUUCCACAACAUCAUCCUAUUUACUAUUCAAGCUGUCUCUCAAGAAAGUAGGUAAAAAUUUACUCUUUAUACUCUCAUUGCAUCGACAACCGAAUAAUUAAAGAAUUUUACGUUGAAGACAAAGGCUAAAUUGAAAAGUUUGAUCUCGUUUAUCUACAGAAUUCUGAAAUAUGACACUUAUUUGAGAAUUAAAAGAAAUAUAGGUUAAAUCAUUGUAUGUAGAUGCUAUUUAAUGUAUUUCACAAGAUGCAGCACUUACAUACCCCACCCCUCAACCCCAACCCCUUAUAGAUACAACCAUUCACACCUCACACCCAAAAAAAGCAGCAUUUAUUUCUAGAUCAAAAAGUCUUCUCUUUUUAGCAAACAAUAAACAGUGUCAUUGAUGGCUCACUCCAUAUCAGCAUUCUUGAUUCUUCUUACAACAAUCUCUCUAACAUUCUCAUGGACAUCAGCUUCAGCUUCAGACAGCAAUAUCAAUCUGCCUGCCUCCACCAUCUCUGCUGCACCUUCUUCUUCUCUUUCUCUCUCAUCUUCACUACCCCCUGAUAUCUCUCCUCUUUUCCCCACACCUCAGCUCUCUCCAACUGAAUCAUCACUCCCCAUAAUCCCCUCAACUCCCAGCCCUCCAAAACCUGAUGAUGAUGCAAUGGCAGCUCAAGGGCCAGUUUUGGCCGCCGCGCCGUCUCGAUUCUUGCCGGAUUCUUCCUCUCUCAGCCUGGUGAGUGGUGGGGGAUUCCUGAGCUCACUGCUGCUUUCUGGUUUGGUGGCAUUUGGUUUGCUGCACCUUUCUCAUUAGUGUUGUGUGGUUUACAUAUAUUUGCAUAGCUGUGGUUGCUGAUUUUUUAAACUGUGGUUGCUACAUUGCGUGGAAUGUGAAUGAAUUUGUUGUAUUCAUGUUUAGUGAUUAGUAAGUAUAUAGUAUAGAUAUAUUUGAGGUAGAGGGGUCGGAAAAGAGGGGUGUGGAACAUGUAACUAAUUCUGGUAGUGCAAUAAUGGCCUUCAAGGAAAA